AACAUUAACCGUGCAUUAAUCAAUGCGUGACCAAAAAAUUGAGUAUUAAUAUUCAACGGUAUUUCUUAAUAAAAAUGUCAGAGUAUCUCUAUAAUGUUUACGAUGAAAAUGAUGACUUAUACGACACAUAUGAUGACUACAGUUACAGAGAUGUUGCAAAUUAUGAAAGUGCCGGUUGGAAAGAGAUGUAUACAAACUGCAUUGUUCCUUCAUUCUUCCAAAUAUCAUUUUAUAUGUUGCCAUUUGUCGUUGUAAACAUUGGUCUGUGUUUCAUUAGCAAAAUCCAAGCACGUUACUUUCCAUCGCAUCAUAAUAUUACACAUGCUUUUAGCUUCGGAUGUGGUUUAUGUUUGAUGCAUAACACUUUAGAACAUGGACACUCUUACCUACUUCAAUUAUUUGUGUCUGUUUAUUUGUUGAUCAAGGUAUCGUUCAUUGAACAAAAACUACUGAGAUUCGAUUUUAUUAUUAGUCUUUAUGCUAUGAUGUACUUAAUAAUAUGUGAAAUUUUGGAGAAAGACCCUAAAGUAUGGCAUCAUGUACGAGGCGUUUUAAUGAUUGCAGUUAUGAAAUCUAUUUCAUUAGCAAUCGAUAUAAAAGUCAACCGAUCACUUAGAGAUCAAUUUUCUAUAAUAUCAUUUCUUGGUUAUAUGUGUUGCCCAGCCAACUGCAUUUUUGGACCUUGGACGUCCUUCACCGAGUACCUGAAUAGUUUAACAAGGGCCAGAAGUAGAUUCAAACUGAAUUUCAAAUACCUUGCGCAGAUAAUAGUAAAUAUUAUGCUUUCUAUCCUAUGUUUACUGUUCUCAAAUUGCGCUGAUACUACGGUUAAUCUAGAGCAUUCAUGGAAAUGGAUAGUCGCAUAUGGCACUGCAUUUUCAUUUCGAAUGAGCCAUUAUUUUAUAUCAUUUUUAUCACAAGCUACAAUGGUCUCGGCAGGAUUGGCAACAAAUGAUCAAGAGUCAAUUAGAUCAUUAAAUGUCAAGCAUACGCGAUAUUUUGGAUAUACGGUUGUAAGACCAUGGAGCAUCGAAUUUCCCAGAUCACUCGUGUAUGUUGUAGUAGCAUGGAAUGUACCAAUACAUAAUUUUUUGAAGCAAUACAUCUUCCGGGCGUUGAAACCCCAUGGUACGUUUGCAGCAGUUUUCCUAACGUAUGUGACGUCAUCAUUACUUCAUGGCUUAAACUUCCAAUUGUGGGCCACUUUACUAACAAUAGGUGUGUGGAGCUAUGUGGAAUUCAAUGUUCGGAACAAACUAUCUCAAAUAUUUUCAGCGUGUGUUUUAGUUAACAAGUGUUCAGUGCCAUGUACAAAGCAUCAGUUAAGCCAAAACAAAGCAAUGACCAUUUUUAUUAAUAGCAUAUUUUUUAUAUUGUGCGUUAUAAAUUUGACAUAUUUGGGAGCUAUAUUUGAUGCUAACUCUCAAUUACAAACAGAAGGAUACUCAUUCAAGCACACGCUGGAGAAAUGGCAUAGACUCGACUAUGUUUCCCAUUGGUUGUUGAUUCUGGGGUACUUAUUCAAUUGGAUAAUUUGAAUCUCAGGAUUUGUUACGUCGGGACCUCGCACGCUCGCACCGGUCCACUUUGUCGCUUUCCC